GGGCACGCGUGCCCCGCGGGCUGCGCCUGCACUGACCCACACACGGUGGACUGCCGCGAUCGCGGGCUGCCCAGCGUGCCCGACCCCUUUCCCCUGGACGUGCGCAAGCUGCUGGUGGCCGGCAACCGCAUCCAGCAGAUCCCCGAGGACUUCUUCAUCUUCUACGGCGACCUGGUCUACCUGGACUUCAGGAACAACUCGCUGCGCUCGCUGGAGGAGGGCACGUUCAGCGGCUCCGCCAAGCUCGCGUUCCUGGACCUCAGCUACAACAACCUGACCCAGCUGGGCGCCGGCGCUUUCCGCUCGGCCGGGAGGCUGGUCAAGCUGAGCCUGGCCAACAACAACCUGGCCGGCGUGCACGAGGCCGCCUUCGAGACCCUGGAGUCGCUGCAGGUGCUGGAGCUCAACGACAACAACCUCCGCCGCCUCAACGUGGCGGUUCUGGACGCGCUGCCGGCGCUGCGCACCCUGCGCCUGGACGGGAACCCCUGGCUCUGCGACUGUGACUUUGCCCAUCUCUUUUCCUGGAUCCAGGAGAACACGUCCAAGUUGCCCAAAGGCCUGGACGAAAUCCAGUGCUCGCUGCCCCCGGAGAACCGCAGGGUGGCGCUGCGGCAGCUGUCGGAGGCCAGCUUCAGCGAGUGCAAGUUCAGCCUGUCGCUCACCGACCUGUUCAUCAUCGUCUUCUCGGGCGUGGCGGUCUCCAUCGCGGCCAUCAUCUCCAGCUUCUUCCUGGCCACCGUCGUGCAGUGCUUCCAGAGAUGCGCCCCCAACAAGGACGCGGAGGACGAGGACGAGGACGAGGACGACUGAGCCCCCUGCUCGGGCGCGUCCCUUGCCAACCCCCAGCCAGCGGAGCCUCUCGGAGAGGGAGGGGAAAGCGCUGAAGACAGGGAGGCACCGGCCACCCUCCGUGAACAGGACAGAGCCUCCUCGGUGAAGGGGACUGGGGUGCCCAUGGCCCCACCCAUGGCAGCGCCCAGAAGCCCCGGGAGCUUGGGUGGGUCGCUCCUGAGCAGGGCCGACUCUCGGUGCAGGCUGCUGGGCGGGGGAGGGUCCAGCCGGGGUCUCUGCAGGAAAUGCCAAGAUGCAUCUCCAGCCCUUUUUUCUGGGCCAGAGCUGUGCUUGGGAGACCAGGAUCAACCUCUUCCCCCCAAGGCCCGGAAGCUGCCCAGGCAGGUCCUCCAGUUCAGAGCCUCCUCCACAGAAGCAGGAUUCUCUCCAUGUAAUAGGCCUCAGCAGCCUUGGGAUGUUGCAUGGAGAACAAGUCAAUCCAUGUGCAAAAGACCUUUGUGACCCCCCCACUUCCCUGUGUGGAGUCCUCAUCCCCAGGGGGGUGAAGCCCUUGGGAUGUCCUGAGGGUGGGACUCUCCUGAUCGCCCUCAAAGUAGAGAUGCCAGAGAACCCCUCACUCCCUCAGCAGGUAGGACACAGCCAGAAACCAGCCAUCCAUGAACCAGGAAUGGAGCUCAGUCCUGACACCCCCACCUCCCAAUUCCAGCUCCCAGAACUGUGGGAAAUAAAUGUGUUGUUUAUAAAUCA